UCCAUUGUUUGUUUCGAGCAAUGAGUUACAAAACUAUGGAGUCGUCUUCGUCGACUGUCUCAUUUGCAGUCAUUCUUUCUGGAAGUGCUUUCUUGAUUAUGGUAACUGCUACUCCUGUCCUUUUCUAUACUAUGGGAGACAUGACUGCUCAACUGGAAACUGCAAAAACUGGUUUUGAAGAGACUUCGAAUGUGCUCUGGAAGGAGCUUGUUACGAAUGAAAGCCACCGCAGAGUUGCAAGACAAACAUACAAGGAAGGAGGAGCUGCUGGUGAGGGAUCUCCUGCCGCUACAGCACCCGAAGCCAGCCCUGUGAAAAUUGACGACUCUUGCCCAGCAGGACCAAAGGGUGAAUCAGGAUCAGCCGGAGAGCCAGGAACCGACGGAACCGAUGGAACUCCAGGAAAAGAUGGAGCUGAUGGAAGCAAUGAGCAGACUGCAAGCCAAGCUGGAGAUCUUUGCACUGCUUGCCCAGCAGGACCACCAGGUGUUGCUGGAUACAAAGGAAAACGUGGACCACGUGGUGAGAAGGGAGAUAAAGGAGCUCCAGGAAACGCAGGCCGCGAUGGUGCACCAGGAGAUGAUGGACCAGAAGGAGACCAUGGGCAUCCAGGACCAAUGGGACCAGCAGGAGAGAAAGGAACCAGUGGAGCUGACGGAAAAGGAUUUGCUAAAGGAGCACCAGGACCAAAAGGACCGACUGGAAUGGAUGGUCUUGCAGGAGACGAGGGUCUUCCAGGAGAGCGUGGAGAGGAUGGUUCAGCUGGAGCACAGGGAGAGACUGGACCACAAGGACCACAAGGAGAGAAGGGACCAGAUGGAUUCCCAGGUCUUCCAGGAUCCGCCGGAGCUUCUGGAGAAGAUGCUGCCUAUUGCCCAUGCCCAUCAAGAAAAGGAGACAUCGCUGGAGGAGGAGGUGGCGGAUACGCUGCAGCCCCAGGAACUGAAUUUGAAGGAUCCCCAGUUGAAUCCGAUCCAGCUAAGCUCUCUGCCGAUAUUCCAGCUCCAUCGCCGAUUUCCGAUGUCUCUGCUGAAGGAGCGGGCGCCCCAGUUAGCGAUGCUUCUGGCGAAGGGCCAGCUGAUUCCGCAACUGAAGGAGAAGGUGCUCCAGCUGGAGGAGCUCCAAAGGGAGAUACCACAUAUCCAACAAAGAACCGUGCCAGAUUUACCGCCCGUCAACGUGCUGUUUCCCGCAUUCGCAGAACUUUCUAAUUGUCUCUUUCUGAUUUUGGUUACAAACAUCAAAUGUUUCAAAUAAAUAAUUCAGCAUUUCAAAU